AUGUAUGCUAUGCAAAAUACUAAGGUUUCCUACUCCGAGUGGGGUUGGGUUAAACAGACAUUGGGGAAUCAGGCGACAACGCUUUGGCGCUUAACACCAAACUUUCCAACGGGUCAAUACGGACCACUCACACCCCACGCAACCAUUUGCCAGGCAGAAAGUAGUUCACGGCAGGAUUUAAGAAACCUUGGAGUGAUGAAAAAGGAAAACAAGAGAUAUUAUGCAGUAGUUUCCGGACGGGUUGCGGAAGCUACGAUAUUCUCCUCUUGGGCAGAUGCACAUCCGCAUAUUACUGGAUAUGAUUCAACCUUCAAGGGCUUCGCAACUCUAUCUGAAGCCCAGAAGUAUCUGGAGGCCAAGGGAAUAGACAAGCCUAGAUUGGUGAUUCGCGAGAGCUCUAAAGAGACUCGUACUCGGUUCUCUCGAGGGAAAUUUUAUGCAGUGGCCCUUGGUCGAAAACCAGGUGUGUAUCUCUCCUGGGAGUACGUAUUCCAUGACCCUGGAAGAUCAAGUCAGGUCACUCACAAGCAUCAAAUCAGGGAUGCCGAAUCGCAAGUCAAUGGGUAUCCGCAUGCAUGUUACAAGUGCUUCACGACACAUGCUCAAGCACAAGACUUCAUUAGCAACUGGAAGGAAUCUGAUGCAGAUGUUCGUCGGAGAGAUGAGGUCACUGAACCAGCAAGCUGCCUCAGGCCGAUUGACUUGAAGUCAAGUUUCCAUGAUCUCCAGCCUCGCCAGAGAGAGGACAUCAGCGAAUGGAUCACCGCCGGGAUGAGGAACUUUCACAUUGCAGAAAGUAAGGAAGACAAGCUUUAG